UUACGCCAACAGCCUCAAAUGAACCUGCCCCUAAUACGGAUACGGCGAAUACGGGAGCAGCGGUCAUAGGCAAUAUUCCAUUACCUGAUCAAAUACACAUCACUGAGGAUGAUGAAGAUUUCAUUGAUUAUAACUUUGACAUUCAACAUGGAAAUGUAAAUUUCUAUAAAAUUUCUGUCUGUUAAUUCACAAACUUAAAGAGCCCUAAUACAAAUCAUAGAGGUGAUAGAGGAGCGGUAGUCAAUGACGAUAUUCCACUAGAUGAUAGAAUACACAUCACGGCGGAUGGUCAAAAUUUCAUUGACUAUAACUUUGGCAUGCAACAUGGAGUUUUUAUUCAAGAGGAUCCUAAAAAUAUUCGCAAAUUUGUACCACAUAGGGAUGGAGCAUCAAAGAAUUUUUUUGAACAUAGACCCAAUCAUCCGCAGAAACGUGAAGAGGUAAAUAAAUUAACAAAUAAUUAA